CACCUUUGAAAGUGACUUGAGAUUCAAUAGUAGAAGAGUGUCAAGUGGUUUUAACUUUUAAGAAACAUAACUUUGUUUGAUUCUUAUUCAGAUUAAGAGCAACAAGUUGUCGAUAUAUGCUUUGCCUUUCGUUGGCCAUUCAAGCAUUUUUUAUAACUUUGUCUCUCCAACUAAAGAAAAGUCAGGUUUUUGGGUAAUAUUCUUAUAUCUCCCUUCUUCUGUCACAAUCUUUUCUUUGUUUUUCGACAUGAGAAAAUAAAGUCUAUAUAAAUUCCAUUUCGAGAGAUUUGGUAUUGUUGUUUUUAGUGUAAAAAGGAAGAAAAAAAAUCAGAAAAUGUCUUCACCAAAGAGUUCACACCAUAAGGCAGACUCCAAAAUGGAACAAGAUAGCAAUAGAAAAGCAUGGAUUUUACAACCGAGUGGUCUUAACUUUGUCUGGGGAGGUGACUCGAGAUAUUGGGUUAUCCCUAAAGAACCAAGGUGCCUUCCGAUUCAUUUCGACUUAACCGAUAAACCAAACUUUGGGCUUACUGAUACCAAAAGUCUUAAACUGAUUCAUUUGAUUGUUGGUUUUAGGAUGCCUGCUGAGCUGAAGAUGGUGAGUUGGCUAGAAGUAACCGGUUGUUUUGAGAAGAUUGAACCCGCUAAAACAUACCGAAUCGGUUUUAAAAUCUCGUUUAAAACGGAUGCGACCGGUUGGGAUGAAGCCCCACUUUUCAUGUCUGCUAAAAUCGGGAAGAAAGGCAAGACGGUGUGGAAACGAAUCAAAUCCGUUAACCAGAACUUUGGUAAACUGAUAGACGGAUCAGAACCCAUCAAUAUACCUGACGAGUCCGAUGGCCAGUUCGAAAUCUCGGUUAGUCCAGCAUCGCUUAACCAAGAUACUAUGCUUCAGUUUGGUCUGUAUGAAGUGUGGACUGGACGAUGGAAGACCGGUUUGUUGAUCCAUGAAGCCUUUGUUCACGAAGUAUAAAGAGAUCAUUGUCGACUUUCAUACUAGGAACACAAAACUUUAUACCUCAAAUUUGGUCGAUUUAGUUCUAAAUAAACGAGCUUUAGAUCAUAAUAAUGUAAUCUUAUACCUCUUUGAACAAGUCUUAAAGCUCUGUAUGAUACUCUUCAGGUUUAAACCACAGCGAGAAAUCGAUUCCUUUCGA